UCAGUGGCCGCGGAAGGUGACGUGGACACGGAAGUGGUCGUCGUCGCGGCGGCACCAGUGGGAGCUGGGCGCGGGGCUCAGAGUGCAGCGGGCGGUCGGGCAGACGGCGGCGUCUUGCACCUGCGGCGGCGGCGGACGCGGGCGUUGUCGGUUGGGUGCGAGUCCACUGAGCCGACGAGCGGCUUCUCCGCCCCUCUCCUGCCCGUCGGAGGCCCCGGAGCCGGGACCGCUCGGCCGGCGUCACCAUGACCAAGGCCGGUAGCAAGGGCGGGAACCUCCGCGACAAGCUGGACGGCAACGAGCUGGACCUGAGCCUCAGCGACCUGAACGAGGUCCCGGUCAAGGAGCUGGCUGCCCUCCCGAAGGCCACCAUACUGGAUCUGUCCUGCAAUAAACUGACUAGUCUACCGGCGGAUUUCUGUGGCCUCACACACCUCGUGAAGCUGGACCUGAGUAAGAAUAAACUGCAGCAACUGCCGGCCGACUUUGGCCGUCUGGUCAACCUCCAGCACCUGGAUCUCCUCAACAACAGGCUGGUGACCCUGCCCGUCAGCUUUGCUCAGCUCAAGAGCCUGAAGUGGCUGGACCUAAAGGAUAACCCGCUGGAUCCUGCCCUGGCCAAAGUGGCAGGGGAUUGCCUGGACGAGAAGCAGUGUAAGCAGUGUGCCAACAAGGUGUUACAGCACAUGAAAGCCAUGCAGGCCGAUCAGGAGCGAGAGAGGCAGCGGCGGCUGGAAGUAGAACGAGAGGCCGAGAAGAAGCGGGAGGCCAAGCAGCGAGCUAAGGAGGCUCAGGAGCGGGAGCUGCGGAAGCGGGAGAAGGCGGAAGAGAAGGAGCGCCGGAGGAAGGAGUACGACGCCCUCAAAUCAGCCAGGCGGGAGCAGGAGAAGAAGCCCAGGAAGGAGACGAAUCAGGCCCCGAAACCGAAGGCCGGGCCGCGGCCCCGCAAGCCGCCCCCGCGGAGGCCCAGCAGGACGUGGGCCGUGCUGAAGCUGCUGCUGCUGUUGCUGCUGUGCGCGGCGGGCGGGCUGCUGGCCUGUCGGGUGCCCGAGCUGCGGCGGCAGCCCCUCUGCGCCGGCGUCAACGCCGUCUACGACAGCGCGCUCCGCGGCCUGCGCGGCCACCACAUCCUGCAGUGGGUGCUGCGGGCCGACUCGCAGCAGUGAGCUUGUCCUCGACGCCCGCCGCCUCCCGGCCCUGGAGCCUGGAUUCCUAUGGAAUUGGGUUCUGCGGGACACAGCCUGUUUGCGGCGCCAGACCUGCCUGCCAUCCUCAAGCGGUUGCCGACCGGUACUUGAGAUCCCCUCUUCUGGGACUGCUUUGUUCCUUAGCCAGGGCUCCCGGGCGGGGGAAGGCGAAGCGGGAGGUGGGCCGGUUACCUGCAUGCCUAAAGGAACAGGCUUGGGGUGGGCAGAGGGAAAAACAGCCUUUUCCAGUCGUUACACAAAGCUGUGUAAAGGCAAGGCUCGUUCCUACUAAACGGUCAGGUCAGCUGUCACUACAUUUAUACUUUUGUAUGUCACAAACCCUUUCUUUCAUUCCUCCCUGCGUAGCCAGGGCAGAUCAGGAGGCGGUGUGGUAUUGGGGACUAAGGGAACACCAUACUCAGCAAAUCUAGCCUAAAUUGGGGGGUGGGGGGGUAUACCUAUUUUCUUAAGGACCUCAGACAUUUUAAUGACCAUAUAAAAUCUUAGGCUGUGAAAGGGACUUCAGGACCAUACAGUCCAAUAUAAUACGUGCAGACAGGGAAACUGAGGCCUUCCAUGACUUGCCUACGGUCUCCCAGCUAGUUUGAGGCACAACUAGACUCUCACUCCAGUGUCCUCUUUCCAUCAUUUUUGCUUCUUUAACAACGUCUGGAGAGACCAGAACUCACAGCGGAACUGAGCGUCUCUCAGCUGGGGUGCAGACUCUUGGACGGUAGGCAGCUUCGUGUCCCACAGAUAGAAUUCCCCCAGCCAUGAGGGUCCGGGGCAACUCCUGCAGAGUCCUGCCCCUGCUCAUGUGGCUGUCACCAAACGGGCCGGGCUCCUCGGCUGUGUUAGAGCAUUCACUCCCUGAUUGCCAGUAAACGAGGUGGACCGUUGCGAAGCUGUUCUGUCUGUGACAGCUGUCAGUCGGUGUGACAAACUCAGAGGCAGCCUGCAAACUCAGGUUUCGUAGAACCGGUGGUUUGGCAUUGUUUGGGUCUAGACCCAGAACCACCCCCGCAAUGAAGGGAAACAAGUAGCACCAUGGAGUUUAAGCAUUGCGUUUAUGAACGGCUAGCACGGACGGGGGCAGGACUGUCUGUUCUGUCUGCCAGAUGAAGCCACUUCUUGCUCUGUGGCCUCCCGUGGCCUCCUGCUUUCACAGAAGCCAGAGGAAGGGAUAAGACAUGGUCGUCAUGGUGCUCCUUCACUGAAAACUCCCCAUUGCAAGCUUCUUGUCUCUCCCUUAGGAGAGCAAGAACCUGUCACGAUUCAGAGACAGAGUGGGGUCCAGCUUUCAGCCUUAGUGGCUCAUUUGGAUAGGACAGCCACUCGUGACUGUCCUCAUACUAGAAGAGCGACUUGUUCCUUUCUCCCCCACAGACAGCUCUGCUGCUAAGGCCCACACCUUACUCAGAAUCACUACAUGUUCCUUCGUCUUCCUCCAAGUUCCAGAGCCAUUGGUACAAAUGCUUUAUUGAAACUAAAUACAUAGUAUGUGAGAUGAGAUUAAGAGGAUAGGGAAGUCAGCACAGGGAUCAGACCCACAUGCAGGGGGCUGGCUGAGGCGGCCUCCGUGGGUGAGAGGGAGGCAGGGCACGGCCAGCCCCAUCUGGCCAGCCCGCUGAGGGAAGUUCACUCCUGAUCUUGAGAUCUGAAGCUGAGGUUCUUCUGGAUUUCUACAAUUAUUAAAUAUGUGUCUGAGUGGUC